GUUCUCCUGUAGUUACGGUUAAUUUCCAUAGCAACAUUUCUCGUAGCAGCAGUUCGUGGUCGUGCAUUUUGGGGUUAAAUAUAAAGUUUACAUUUGAUGAUCGCAUUGUAAAACAUCUUUAACAUUUCUACAAGGACAUGUUUGUGUGUCCACUGUCCGAAGUCCGACUGUCAGAAAGAUGCUUCAAAAGCUUGUUUUGUUCCGGUUUCUCCGACCUGCUGCUAUACUCUCUGCAGCUCUACGUUGUGCCUCAUCGGGGACCGUGGACGUCAAAGUCCCGCUGAACUUCUGGUGCGGGGACAGAGUAAAGAUCAAGGAUGUGUCAACCACUGAGCCCGUUUACGAACCUGCAACUGGUCGGGUCCUGUGUGAGCUAGAGCUCUGUGGGUCUGUGGAGGUGAACCAGGCAGUGCAGGCAGCCCAGUCUGCCUACCAGGCCUGGAGCCGGAUGUCAGGCAUGGAGAGGGCACACAUCAUGAUAGAAGCUGCCCGUAUCAUUGAGAACAGGAGAGAAGACAUUGCGGAGAUCGAGGUGGUGAACAACGGGAAGUCCAUCACAGAAGCCCGAAUGGACGUGGACUCUGCCAGACUGUGUAUAGAGUAUUACGCUGGAGUGGCCAGCACUCUGGCAGGCCAGCAUAUCCAGCUACCCGGAGGCUCCUUUGCCUACACACGGCGGGAGCCUCUAGGCGUCUGUGUGGGGAUCGGUGCAUGGAACUACCCCUUUCAGAUAGCAGCCUGGAAGUCGGCCCCAGCCCUGGCCUGUGGCAACUCCAUGGUGUUCAAGCCUUCACCUGUGACUCCAGUGACGGCGGUGAUGCUGGCGGAGAUUUAUGCCAAGGCCGGGGCCCCAGAGGGGCUGUUCAACAUAGUUCAGGGUGGGCAGGAGACAGGCAACCUGCUCUGCCACCACCCGGACGUGGCUAAGGUCUCCUUCACCGGCAGUGUGCCCACAGGCAAGAAGAUUAUGGAGAUGUGCUCCAAGGGGGUAAAGCAAGUGACUCUGGAACUUGGUGGGAAGUCUCCUCUGCUCAUUUUUGAGGACAGUGACCUGGGGAACGCAGUGAAGGGGGCUCUCAUGGCCAACUUCCUAUCCCAGGGCCAGGUUUGCAGCAAUGGGACCCGGGUGUUUGUUCAGAGGCAGAUGUUGCCUGAGUUCCUGGAGGAGGUUGUGAGGAGGACCAAGGACAUUGAGAUAGGGGACCCACUACUGGAGAGAACUCGUAUGGGAGCACUGGUCAGCCGGCCACACCUUGACAGAGUCCUGGGCUACGUCGAACAGGCCAGGAAAGAGGGUGCCAAGGUGUUGUGUGGAGGGGAACCCUUCGUUCCUUUAGAUCCCAAACUCAGAGGUGGAUACUACAUGACACCAUGUGUAUUGGGCGACUGCACGGACGACAUGACAUGUGUGAAGGAGGAGAUCUUUGGGCCUGUGAUGUCUGUGUUGUCCUUUGAAACAGAGGAGGAAGCUUUGCUGAGGGCCAACAACUCCGCCCUGGGCCUGGCUGCAGGGGUCUUCACCAGUGACGUCAAGCGAGCACACCGUGUAGUGGAACACCUGAAGGCUGGAUCCUGCUUCAUCAACAACUAUAACAUCACCCCUGUGGAGGUGCCCUUCGGAGGGUUCAAGAUGUCAGGCAUCGGGAGAGAGAACGGUCAGGUGACUGUAGAGCACUACACACAAAUGAAGUCUGUGUUUGUGGAGAUGGGGGACGUUGACAGUCUCUUUUAAACGUCAAGCCAGACCAAUGGAGUCAUGCAACUCAGAGAUGUUCUGGGGGAUGAAAUACCAGCAUCCUGAGACAGAAAAAGGUCUCUGGUACGUAGUUGAAUGAAGUAUAUACAGUAAUAUUGCCAUCCAUCUCUGAUAGAGUUUAGCUUAGUUAGUUAUUCUCCAUUAAAAAAAAUAGUGUGAUAAGAUCUCCGUUCUGAGCCAAAUGGAUAAAUCAAAACCCGUGCCUUGAUAUUUUGUAACAAAAUAUUUAUUAAAUUGAUUCUCAUAACUAUGGAUGCCUUACAUAAAAAAAGUACUUGACAUUA